AUGCAUAAUCUGAACGGGCUGAAUGAUUUUACACGUUUAGGAAGCGAAAAAGCAGGAAGCACGAGUAGUGGAAGAAAUUUAGUUUGAUAUCGUAGGAUAGCGUAUAAAGUAAAAUGUUUUCAUUACAAAUACAGACCAAUCCGUCACAAAGGCAAUGAGUUUAGACGCUAGGAGAUCUCAACAUCCCGGUGUGGAGCACGGCAAUGUACAGAACCAAAACAUGGACAUUUUUUAUACCAAGCGAGCCAAAACCGAAGCCUUUGAAACGUGGUGCUGGGGUAAAGCGCUAAUAAUCACACGGAGAAGAAAAACAAGGAGUGAGGAGGUUCUUUGCCGGGCAGACACGCACCAGUCAAUAUGGAACGCGCUUAAGGAAAACACGAAAAAACGGAUUGGGCGUUUAAUAAGGAAUAACGCCGUGGGUAACGGCAAUAAUAGUUGA